AUGCAGGGAUCGGGGAUUGCAAUAGUUGUCUUUGUUGUACCGAAAAAAAAGACGACCAGCAACUGCGGCACUAUCCAACCGGAAAAGGUACCUUCUCUAUUUGCCCCUUUCGCUCGUGCUGCUGCUCCUGACACCGGAUUGGUCGUUGUGAAACUGGCUCGCAAGAAAGCGGAGACCACCUCAUUAAUACAAAAGAAGCGGGAGAUCUUCUUGUUGCAAAUUGAACGUGCCAAUUCAUCGAAAAAAGUGGUUAUUCCGUCGAAAAAUGAGGAAAAUUCAGGCCUCACUUCCUCACGACUUUUGCCCACCGAAGGGGGGCUGAAGCUGACAAGUCAGGCCACCUGGAAUAACCUCAAGUUGGGUUUUCAUAGUCUCGGCAAUCUUCUUAACAUCCUCAGUCAAGUGUCCCCUGAAGGAAUCGAAGACAAGCAAGGUCGGUUUCUUAAGCAGAGCCUCCUGGUCCGCAUUCAAAUAUCUUCUUGA